AAAUAAAAAAUUAAACCCAGUAUCUUCUAAUACCUGUGUAGUUGAAGUUCCCCCAAAACACGGUAACUAAGUUACCGCCCUAGAGCGUGGUCACUCCAAAUCCGCAGCUGCUUACUGGAUCAAUUACUCCGAUAAAUUUGGGCGCCAACUAGUGUAUCGAUUGCCGCCAAUUCUUUCCGAUGAUUAUCUUAUAUAUUCUUAUCUAUACCAGUCUUCUUUUGAGCCAUCUUCAACACAGCUGCUGAAUCAAGGGUUUGAAGAAUUAUCGUCGAUUUCUCCAGUCUGCAGGUAAAGCAUUAUGGGUUCAAAUGCUCAAGUAAAACAGGUAGCUUUUAAAAGCAAUAAUACUACUGUCAAUGUUAGAUGGGGAAGUAAAGAGGAUGCUACACUUGUAAAGUCAUUGUUAAAGCUUGUGGAUGAUGGAGGUUGGAGGGCUGAAAAUGGACAACUAAAAUCUGGUGCUUAUGGCAAGCUUGAAAAAAUUAUGGGAGAACUCCUUCCUGGUUGUGGCAUGAAAGCUCGUCCCCAUAUUGAGUCUCGGGUUCGACUACUGAGGAAACAAUUUUUUGCAAUCGAAGAGAUGCGUGGUCCAAAUUGUAGCGGAUUUGGUUGGAAUGAACUAGAAAAAUCUAUCACAUGCGAAAAGAGCAUUUUUGAGGAAUGGCUAAAGAGUCAUCCAAAUGCUAAAGGGCUAAGAAAUAAAUCUUUCCCAUUUUAUGAUGAGUUAGCUCAAGUUUUUGGCAAAGAUAGAGCUAACGGGGAAGGUGUCGAAAGUCCAGCUGAUGCAGUGGAAGAAAUUGCUAAUGACGAGGAAAGUAAUUUGUAUCAACAAGCUGGACAACAAAAAGAUAAUCUUGAAGAUGAGGUGAGUCCUAGAAAUGUGCAGCCUACAGAUACAGGUGCCCGUGGGAGUAAAAGAAUCAAAACAGAUUCACUGGAAAUUGUUAAAGAACUCACAUUUGGGCUACAGAAAAUCAGCAAUGUUAUGGAAAUUGGAAAUGAAAAUAUCGCAAAACUAACUAGUUGCUUCCAACACGAAUCAGAUGGUGCUAAUAAAAGGAUGAUGGUAAACUCUGAGCUUUUGAAGAUUGAAGGGCUAAGUCCAGACCAAUUUAUAAAGGCAGGGAGGAAAAUUGCCCUUGAUCCUUUAGAGACCGACUACUUUUUUAGUCUACCUGAAGAUUAUCGAUCAACUUAUGUUCAGGCUUUGCUGCUUCCUGAUUCUUAAUCUUAGAUUAUAACAAAUGUUGGCUCCUGCUCAUCAUUUUGGAGGACAGUGUCUUUUGUUUGGUAUUUAUUUAAAACUCCUAGUCAAUCUCUUCUUUUCCGGAGUACCUAGACAGGGAAUACAAUUUCCUUUACAUAUCUGUUUAUUCUUUUCGUGGCCUUCUGCAUGGAAUUUGAGUGUUUACAAACUUCUUGCAAAUUGUUUGGAUGAUGUUACUGCAAAUAUUGAA